ACCUGAUAAAUAAGGAGAAUCGUAAUUAUAUUUUAUCUUUAGAUGUUUUGCUGUUUUGUUGCUUGCCUGAGAAGUUAAGGAUUCCACUCAUACUGCUCAAGCCAGUUUAUUUCUUUUGGAAAGGAUGGACUUUUUUAAAACAUAACUUCAGUUAAAUAUUUCUGCAGUGUCCUACUUUUCUUGAGACACUAACCGAUUUACAUCUAUGCAAAUCCUGGAACACUAAGUCCAUUCUUCUGAAGUGUGUUGCAUUUACAUGGGGUUGUUGAGUCUUGAAAAACAUUUUACUGUGUAUAACGGCAUUGCAAUUAGCUGAAUGCUGUUCAUAAGGCUAAUUGCUUAUUAAGGUCUUUCUUUUUCCUGCCACUCAGGACAGAAACAAGGGACUGAUUUUCUUCCUGAAUGUAGUAUACCUACAGUUACUGUAUGUUAAACAUGAACUGCACUGAAGUGCCAGCCCAAAUGCCCCUCUUUAAUCCACAGUUGAUGUGUAAAAUAUUUUCUCCAGAACCUAGACACCUAGGCUAGUUCUUAUUUUUUUAAAUUUCUGACAUGUCAAUUGCAGAAUCAGAAGUGUUGAGAUUUCAGUCUUAGCAAGAAUGUAGUGAAGCUGGUCUGUUCAACAUUUCCUGUCAGUUCUCCACUGCAGCAGUCUUGCUAACUUUCUCUGUUCUUGGUUGGGAACACUGCCAAAAGGAAAUGUGAGGAGUCUGUCCAACAAUUUGUCUCUUUCAGAAUCCACAUCCCAUUUUGCAAUUUGGGGUUUUUUUUCUGUAAUGCCUAUUGAGACUCUUACAAUAGUAGGGUAUCAGGGAAGAAAUCUGUUCCUCAAUCUGUUGUAGAAGAGCCCGGAGGGUGCUGUAGAUGUAGGAAUUCUGAAGAGCUUUAGCAGAGGGAUUCCACUCUGGGUGCAGUUUACUUUCCAUAGGUGUGAGUAGAGGACUUAGCACUACAGACCAAUUGUAAUUGUGGAAAAGGCUUUUCCUGCCAGUACUGUGCAAGCUGGUUAUUCUAUUAAAAACAAUCCAUGUAGUUUACAAGUGCCUCAGUUUAUAGAUUGAUCAAAUUCUGUAUUAAUCAGUUUUGACAACGCAGAUUAUAAGCACAUGUAGGAGCAUCUGCUUCUAUUUUGUUUAUUUGGAGAUUAUCCCUUAAUCAUGCAAGGUCCAGGUGGGCAUUUUUAAGAUUUGUUGACUCAGGGAAGGUGGAGAUAGUAUUAAACACCAGUCACAUUAUACUGUAGUUACAUUUAUGUUGUUGCUCCUGUGAAGAACUGAACCACUCAGUGAAGAGAAUGGCAAGAAGAAAUGUCCUCAUUACUGGUUGCUCCUCAGGAAUUGGACUGGCAUUAGCUGUAAAAAUGGCUAAAGAUGAACAGAAAAGAUUUAAAGUGUUUGCCACAAUGCGGAACCUGGCCAAGAAAGAGCCACUGGAGGAAGCUGCAGGUCACAGGCUGGGCAAAACCCUCGAGAUUAAACAACUGGAUGUCUGUGAUGAACAGUCUAUUAAAACCUGUGUGAACAGUAUCCCUGACAGGAGGAUUGAUGUCCUGGUCAGCAAUGCUGGAAUGGGGCUCAUUGGACCUAUUGAAUGUCAGACCAUUGAGGAAAUGAAAACUGUGAUGGACACCAACUUCUUCGGCCUGGUUCGACUCCUGAAGGAGAUCUUGCCUGACAUGAAGAGGAGAAAGAGUGGGCAUAUAGUUAUAAUAAGCAGUGUUAUGGGAAUACAAGGUAUCUUAUUUAAUGAUGUUUAUGCUGCAUCUAAGUUUGCUGUGGAAGGAUUCUGUGAAAGUUUAGCUAUACAAGCACUCAAGUUCAAACUGCAGUUAAGUUUGAUUGAACCAGGCCCAGUGGUUACAGAGUUUGAAAGAAAAGUGUUUGAAGAUGGAAUGAAAAUGGAUCUUUCAGCUGCAGAUGAAGAAACAGCUGAGAUGUUUACUAAUAUUUACCUUAAAAAUUACAAACAAAUUUUCCAGAGCCUGGGACAAAGUGCUGAAGAUGUUGCAGAGCAUACAGUAAAGAUCAUUCUUGCAGAAAAUCCACCUUUUCGCCAUCAGACCAACACUUUGUAUACUCCAAUGACAACUCUGAAGUAUGCAGAUCCAAAUGGAGAUCUACCCAUUGACAUAUUCUACAAAAUGGUUUUUCAGCAUGACAAAAUCUUCAGUGCAAGUCUCAACUUCAUCAAAUUGCUACGGUGGAGAAGCAGAAAGAGCUUUGACCUGGGAAAACCUUCACAAUAAGUAUGAGAUUAUAUAGUGCAAAUUGGAAUUACUUCUUGUAGCUGCUGAUGACACAGUAUGUUGUUAUUCAAAUGUCUUUGCUCUGUAAUUAUGAAAAGGCAUGCAAGAUAUUUGUUUGAGCUUAGCUAAGCAAUUCAUUUCAAUGUGUAUCUCUUGAAUGUUACUGUUUGCAGAACCUUGCAAUUAAAAUCCUCUAACUAUAGUUUUAUUCUGUUUAGUGUUUGCUUUUUCCAGAGAUGUUUCCUUAGGAAUAUGAACACUGACUGAUAUUUGUGUAUUCAAUAUUAACCUGACCUUCUUCACCUACUUGAAUAUAAAACACACUGAGAGGUGUACAGUAUGCAAAUAAUUUUGAUUCUUCAUAUAAUAAAAAUAUGUUUUUACUUAUUAGGAUAGAAUUGGUAUAGUAAUUACUCAAUCACACUGGCAUUCUCAUUUCCACAAGUCAGAUCUAUUUAUCAGCAACAUAAGAGAAAGUCUCAUCAAUCUUAAAAUAGAACUAGUAGAAUAUUUGUUAUUCAUAUAUAUUAUAAUAUUCUGAAUGCUUCCUUUAUAUGCAAUGGUUAUUAGCAUAUUGCACUUAGUGAGCAAUAAAAUGUUUUUUUAAAGCAUCCUAAAAUAAAAGAUCUUAUUGUCUGGGUACUACUUUUUGAAAACAAAGUGUUGUCAGUAAUAAGCAAUCUCAAGCCACUAAAUGCCUUCCAGCACCUUUGGUGUCUGACACAGAACCCUCUUUUUCCAAGCUAUCCUAACA